AUGGCGUUCGUGCUCUCUCUACUGACCGCCCUGGUGGUGUUCAGCUACGGCCCUGGUGGAUCUCUGGGCUGCGACCUGUCUCAGAACCACGUGCGGAUUAGCAGGAAGAACUUCAUGCUUCUGGGCCAGAUGCGGAGAAUCUCCCCUCGCUUCUGUCUGAAGGACAGAAAAGACUUCGGUUUCCCCCAGGACAUGGUGGAUGGCAGCCAGCUCCCGAAGGCCCAGGCCACCUCUGUCCUCCACGAGAUGCUCCAGCAGGUCUUCCGCCUCUUCCACACAGAGCGCUCCCCUGCCGCCUGGGACACCUCCCUCCUGGACAAACUCCGCACUGGACUCCAUCAGCAGCUGGAGGACCUGGACGCCUGCUUGGUGCAGGCGAUGGGAGAUGAAGAAACUGCCCUGGGAGUGACGGGCCCUACACUGGCCGUGAAGAGGUACUUCCAGGGCAGUUUCUUCAUCUCCCAUCGCCUGCACCAAGCAGGCGUCCAGGUCCUCCAGCUGCUGAUGGAGUCCAGUGCGGAGUUUGUCCAGGAGGGAGGUGUCCCAGGCGGCAGGGGAGCGCUCUGUGUGGAAGAGGCGGAAGACCUGCUGGAGCAUCUCGUGGAGGACAGAGGUGGCCUGGGCCUUCGGGAGCUGGCUGCCAUCCACCAUAACAUGUUCCUUCACGUCCAUGUGGUCAUGCUUCAGGGGACCACGAG